AUGAGUAUUUCCAUGGAAAAUUAUAAUCAAACAUCCACCGACUUCAUCUUAUUGGGGAUCUUCCCAUCAUCAAGAAUUGGACUGUUCCUCUUCAUUCUCAUUGUCUUCAUUUUCUUAAUGGCCCUGUGUAGUAACCUGUGCAUGAUCCUUCUCAUCCUCCUGGACACCCAUCUCCAUACACCCAUGUAUUUCUUACUUAGUCAGCUCUCCCUCUUGGAUCUGAACUACAUCUCGACCAUUGUACCCAAAAUGGCUUAUAAUUAUUUACUUGGAGACAAAUCUAUUUCCCUUAUUGGAUGUGGGAUUCAAAGUUUCUUUUUCUUGACUGUCGCUGGUGCAGAACCUUUACUACUGACAUCUAUGGCCUAUGAUCGUUAUGUGGCUAUUUGCUUUCCUCUUCACUAUCCCAUUCAGAUGAGCAAAAGAAUGUGUGUGUUGAUGAUCACAGGAUCUUGGAUGAUGGGCUCUAUCAACUCCUGUGCUCACACUGUUUAUGCUUUUCAUAUCCCUUAUUGCCGAUCCAGGGCCAUUAACCACUUCUUCUGUGAUGUCCCAGCCAUGUUGACUCUGGCCUGUAUGGACACCUGGGUCUAUGAGUACACAGUGUUUGUAAGUACCAUUUUUUUCCUAAUAUUUCCUUUUAUUAUUAUCGUAUAUUCUUAUGGCCGUGUUCUCCUGACUGUCCACUGCAUGCCCUCAAUAGAAGGGAGGAAGAAAGCCUAUUCCACCUGCAGUACUCAUCUUACUGUGGUAACCUUCUCCUAUGCACCUUUUGCUUACACUUAUUUACGUCCAAGGUCCCUCAGAUCUCCAGCAGAGGACAAGGUUAUGGCUGUAUUUUAUACCAUUCUGACUCCGAUGCUCAACCCUAUUAUCUACAGCCUGAGAAACAAAGAGGUGAUGGGGGCAGUGAGAAGAGUGAGUCGGAGAAUCUGCUCUGUAAGACCCUAG